CAGGAAGCUGAGUGUGCCAAAUUCAUUUGUUAGAAGGCUGAGCAAGACAAGAGAAGUGCAAUUAUCAGGGCACAGGGAACAAGUACAGGCCAGGAAGACAAGUAAACAACAACGACACUCUAUAGUUAGGCAUCCAGGCUCCAGAUUAACUAAAUGGAGGGCUGUGCCUGCAUCGAGCAGUUCCGGCGAACUGACGAGCUCCUCAUCAAGUACCAGUACAUCUCGGACUUCUUCAUAGCCCUCGCCUACUUCUCCAUCCCACUCGAGCUGAUCUACUUCACCAAGAAGUCGGCAUCCUUCCCCUACAGAUGGAUGCUCCUCCAGUUCAGCGCCUUCAUUGUCCUCUGCGGGGCCACCCACCUCAUAAACCUCUGGACCUUCACCAAGCACACCCAGACCGUCGACAUCGUCAUGACGGUAACCAAGGUCACCACGGCCGUCGUUUCCUGCGCGACGGCCCUCACGCUCAUCCAUAUCAUACCUGAUUUGUUGGGUGUCAAGACGAGGGAGUUGUUCCUCAAGAAGAAGGCCGACGAGCUCGACAGGGAGAUGAGCCUCAUGCGGUCGCAGGAGGACACCGGGAGGCAUGUCAGGAUGCUCAUCCAUGAGAUCAGGAGCACGCUUGACAGGCAUACCAUCCUCAAGACUACUCUGGUUGAGCUCGGGAGGACGCUGGGUCUGGAGGAAUGUGCUUUCUGGAUGCCGUCGAGGAGCGGUUCGAGCCUUGAGCUAACUCAUACCAUGCGCCACCACAUCCCCACGGGCCCUUCUGUGGAGAUUAAUCUCCCUGUUGUCAACCAAGUCUUAAGUACCAACCGUGCGAUCAUAGUGCCACAUACUUCUCCUUUGGCGAGGAUCCACCCUGUUCAAGGGCGGCAUGUCCCACCCGAGGUGGCUGCUGUGAGAGUUCCUCUGCUGCAUCUUUCAAACUUUCAUCCCGAGCUUUUGGCGAAAAGCUACGCAAUUAUGGUUUUGAUGCUCCCAUCUGAUAGUGUGAGGAAAUGGCUUGCUCAUGAACUCGAGCUCAUCGAGGUCGUCGCCAAUCAGGUAGCUGUUGCCCUCUCUCAAGCGGAAAUUCUUGAAGAAUCAAUGUGAGCACGUGAUCUACUGACGGAGCAAAAUGUCGCCCUGGAUUUAGCUCUGCGGGAGGCUGAAAUGGCAAUACAUGCUCGCAAUGUCAACAGGGUGGGGGUUGAACUUGUGGGGCCUGAGGACGCAGACAACGUCGCUACCAUCAACUCAUCUGCUUCUGCAGCCAAGGUGCACAACGCCGAGCCAUGAUCGACGCGUCUACCCCAACUUCGCCCGACACUGAGAUGCGUCACUUCUACCCACCAAGAAGUACGCCUUGAUCCAAAUCGUACUCUCUAGUUGCCUUUGCUUGCACCCUAUAGGUGCCCCAAAGGCCCAAACCGUUUCCUUUGCUGCUGCUGCGACAGCACUAUCUAUCUGAACCUAUGUAGUUUAAAUUUGGCCCUGCUGUGUGCAAUCUAUCUGGAUUUGUGCUAAGUUAUGCUAUUUAUCUAAACGUGUGCUUACCUUA